AUGAAAAAAAGUGAAAAAAAACAAAAAUGUGUUAGUUGGAAAAUUAGCCCCAAAUGUAGGAAGAAUAAUGAAGAAUGGGGAAUCGAAGUCCAAAUGAGUAGCAUAAAUGACUCAAAGAAAAAAAACGCUUCAGGUGGAAGGCAGAGUAGCGCUAAGAAGGGGAAUGACACCAGAAGCGGCAGUAAAAAAUCGUCUCGGUGGGCGAGGUCAGCCGAAGCGAAGGAUAAGAAGAGUAUCACCGUGAGCGUUCAAGUAGCGGAAGGCGCAGCAAUUGCUGCGGGGAAAAGAGCGAAAAUGGUAACAAGGGCGAAGGCCAAAAAGGACGCAAACGGAAAUGCAAAAGAUGCUGUAGGAAACGCUAAACUCGUGAGGAUAAUCGCAAAAGGAGCCACUAAAAAGGCAAAAUUGAAGAGUAAAGGCACGGGGAUAAAUGCUAAGGAUUCAAAGAAACAUGCGAAAAGCGCAAAGAUAAAGGCAAAAGACAAGGGAAUACCAGAAUCUAGCACCAUCCAUAAGGCAAAACAAAAGUCACCGUGUUACCCGCAUGUAAAAAAUGCCUCUAUGAAAAUAUCUCUCCAAAAAAAGAACGACUCAAGGGAAGUAGCAAGUGCAGAAUCUACUUCCGUCGUAGGAACCCGGCAUUCUGCACGUAGACACAUUAACCAUAACAAAACGGAGCAAACUAAAUUAAAAAGAGGUAAAACAAAAGUUUUGAAGAUAGCGGAAAAACGCAUCAACAAGGCGAGACGUGAAAAAAAUUGCAAAGUGAAAAAUGAGCAGCAUCAGUUAAACAAGAAAAAAAGCAACACAAUAAAAAAAAAAAAAAAAUUAAACUCCACAGAUAUUAACGAAAUCCAAGUGAAGAAUAAUAUAUAUAUUUGUAAAUUUAAAAACAAGCUAAAUAAAAUUCGCAAAUACUUUUUCCCUAUAUUUAUGUACGGCGAAGCUUCCAUAGCACGAAACAAGGCAGUGCUCCUGAUGAUUCACAUGCACACAUGCCUAUACUGCCAAAACGGGGUUCUAUGUAACUUCGUUGAAAAUUACACAUUGUAG